GCGGAUGUGUCCACGUCACAGCUGACAGCCAGCCGGCCCCGUAAUGGCUGCCGGAGCCUAGUUGGCAGUCUAAUGAAGCGAACGCGUAAAAGCUGUUUUCUUAUUAAACUAUCGACUUGAGGAUUUACACCCGCCUAUAUUUUUUUGUAUUAACGGUUCAGCUUCAUGUCCUAGGUCGCUGGCUAAUUGAAGCUAGGCUAAGCUAGCACCCCCCCUUCCUCGGUCGCCCUCACCGAGCUUCUGUUUUGGUUCGACCGUGUUGUUGAGCCACCCCAAAACAUGUCAUCUUGGCUCGGCGGGAUCGGCUCCGGCCUCGGCCAGUCGCUGGGCCAGGUCGGCGGGAGCCUGUCGUCCUUCACUGGUCAGAUCUCAAACUUUACCAAAGAUAUGUUGCUGGAGGGAGUGGAAGAAGUCGGAGACGCUGCCACAGAGCUGCAGUUGUCCAAUUCCAAGCUUGCCGACGUGGAGGCUACCUUGUCCUCUCAGAAAUUUGAGUGUGAAAGGUUGAAAAAGCUCCACGCCGAGCUGGAAGAGAAGCUGGAAGCCGCAGAGAUCCAAAACAAGCAGCAGUCGGCCGAGUACAGGAAGCUUCUGCAACAGAAAGAUGUGGAGAUCAGUCACCUGAAGGCUCGACAAAGCGGGCUCCAGGAAGAGGUCCAGAAUCUUCAGAGCUCUGUCCAGUCCGCUUCUGCUGCUCCCGUGCUGCCCGUCACCCUGGCCUCUUCCAGCGUCGUCACCACGGCGGCCUCCUUCCUUUCCCAGUCGUCUGCGUCCCACCACCAUCACGGUUUCCACGGCGACGACAUGGACCUCAGCGAAGUCAUCUCGUCCCAGCAUGAGAUCAACCGGCUGGCCGCCGAAGUGCUGCGACUGGAGGCGGAGGUGGCGCACUGGAGGCGCAUGUCGCAGGCAUCGACAUCAGCGGCGGCAGGCAACUCCGACCAGAGUGACAUUCUCAAACUUCAAAGAACCGUUAAGGAACUGCGAGACAAGAUAAGCCACGAAGUGGACGAACACCAACACGAGCUCGCCGCCCUGCAGGACGCCCAGCGUCAGAAGAUAUCCGACCUCAGCCGGCGACACCGGGAGGAGCUGGCCGAGUAUGAGGAGAGGAUCGAGGAGCUGGAGGAGCAGCUCCAGAAUGGUCCUUCUCCAGGCUCCUCUCCAACCAGCUCCCCAUCAAACCCCUCCAAAGAGCUAGAACUUCAGACCACUGUCGCUGCCCUGCGCCAGGCCGCCGAGGAGCGGGAGGCACAUCUCUCCGAGCUGUCCGCCGACCUGGAGGAGGCGGAGAGGCUCCGGGCCUCUCUGCAGUCCGAGAGGGACGACGCCCAGGAAGAGAACGCUGCGCUGCUGCAGAACUACGCCCGUCUUCAGGCCUCCGUGGACGAGCUCCAGGGGCGCGUCCGGGAGCAAGAAGGCAAGGCUGUGCAGAAAGCUCAGCUGGAGCAUGAGAUCCAAGUGCUGAGGGACAACCUCGCCACUGCCGAAAAGGAAACGGAGCAGCUAAAAAGUCUGCGUGAGGCAGACCCUGAGGAAGUCGAACAUGCCGAUAUCUUAGAACUGAACACGGUCAUUGGCACAUUAAGAGAAGAGAAGGAGGCCCUGGAGCAGGAAAAGCUCACUAUGCAGCAAAAACUGAGCGCGGCCGAGGAGAAAAUAGACAGCGCGGCUCGACCGGCCGAAACCGAGUCGACGGAAGACCUGAAGGAGGCGCUAGAACGUCUCGAGAGGACUCUGAAGGUCACGCAGGAGGAACGUGACACCCUGCUGACGGAGCUAGAGGAACUCGACCGGCAAAACCAGGAUGCGACGCAGCAUCUGAUCUCGGUGAAAGAGCAGCUGAAGAAGGCCGAGACGGAGCAUAGCGCCACCAAAGACAGGACUAGAUCGCUUGAGCAGGAGCUGGAGGCCCAGAAAGAGAAGACCAGCCAGAGUGCGUUCACGCUCAACGACUUGCACAUGAGCAAGCAGCAGCUAGAGGGCGCUGUCCGGGACCUGAAGGACAAACUGAAACAAGGUCAGGAACGCAACAAGGAGGCUCGCAGAGAAAUGUCAGAGCUGAAGAAGAGCUUGCAGGAAAAAGAGCAGCACUUGUUGGCGGCAAAAGAAGAGCUUAGUCAGACCCAAAGGAGAAAAACAGAUGAUGCCGAGCUGGGGGUGAAGGAGAGAGAACUCUCGGACCUUCGACGAGAGCUGGAGAAAGUGACGUCGAAGGACUUUGAGCUGAAGAUGGAGAACAGUAAGUUGAAAGAGGCUGUGAGGAAAACGGAGGACUCGUUGAAGGAGAACCAGACGGCGACGAGCAGGACGUUGCUGGAGAAGGACACGCGCAUCGAAGCCCUGAAGUUGGAGAAAGAGCAGCUGGAGCGCGAGCUGCAGCGGACCGAGCGCUCGCUUGCGGAAGGGGCCAAACAGUACCAGCGCACCGUCGACGAACUGAGCCGGGCGCACUCCAUGGACGCCUCGGCGUUGCAGAAGGAGCACGAGCGCGCCGUCAAGCUCAACCAGGUGAAGGACACUGAGAUCGCUCAGCUACGCCUGGACGCCGAGCAGAUGGCGGCCGACCACCGCGACACCAACGAGAUGCUCGCCAUCACCGUCGCCGGGCAGAAGCAGCUGACCGACUUGCUCGAGGAGAAAGACGAAUUCGCCGAGACGCUGAAGCGGAACGCGGCGGCCGAGCGGGCCGAGCUGGAGACGAGCGUCGCGGCGGCAAGGAGGGAGGCCGACGCGCUCAGACAGGCGUUGGAGGAGAAGGACAGACAGCUGGCGGGCAUGAAGGAGGACAACAGUCACUUGAAGGAGGAGAUGGACCGCGUGCAGGAUCAGCAGAGCAGAUCUCCGCGCACGCUGGACAUCAUCACUGAGCUGGAGGCCGAGAUCACCCAGCUCAAGUCCUCCAGAGGCGGCCUGGAGGAGGAGAUGCGGGAUCUCCGGCAGAGGCUGGAGGAGCAGCAGGUGUCGCUCCUCAGCUCUCGAAGCGAACUGGAGCGGGCCACGCUCGACUUCGACAGGCUCCUCCAGGCCAGGGACCAGGAGCUGGCCGGACUACGGCGGACCUUGGAGAGUCGAGAUCCCGCCGAGUCGCCCAUGGAACAAGGUGACAUCAUACUGCAGGAAGACAAGACGGUGUCACUGAACCAGGAGAACGGCAACGAGAAGCACGACCUCUCCAAAGUGGAGCUGGAGCGCUUGGUGAAGGGCAUGAAGGAGAAAGAGACGGAAAUCAGCCAGCUGAAUGAGAAGAACCUGUCUCUGACCAGGCAGCUGGACCAGAUGGCGCUGUCUCGUGACGAAGUGGGCAAGCUUUCCCAGGUGAUCUUGCAGAAGGACCUGGAGAUCCAGGCCCUUCACGCUCGAGUCACCAUGGGCGGUGGCGGUCAGGACAUCCUCUUCCUCCAGCAGCAGCUGCAGGCUUACGCUGUGGAGAGGGAGCAGGUCCUCGCCGUGCUCAACGAGAAGACCCGGGAGAACAGCCAGCUCCGCUCCGACUACCACCGCCUCAUGGACAUCGUGUCCGGCAAGGAAGCGGCGCUUCUUAAGCUACAGCAGGAGAACCAGCGGCUCUCCAACGCGGGCGACCCCUCGGGGAGCCAGGAGAUGUUUAAGGAGACUAUUCAGAAUCUGUCGCGCAUCAUCCGGGAGAAGGACAUUGAGAUCGACGCGCUGACGCAAAAGUGCCAGACGCUGGUGACGGUGCUGCAGUCGUCGGGCGGAGACGCCGGCGGGGGCGUGGUCAGCAGCAACCAGUUCGAGGAGCUGCUGAAGGAGCGCGACACGCUCAAGCAGCAGGUGAAGAAGAUGGAGGAGUGGAAGCAGCAGGUGAUCACCACCGUCAAGAACAUGCAGCACGAGUCGGCGCAGCUUCAGGAGGAGCUGAUUAACCUCCAGGCCCGGGUGACCGCCGACGGCGACGCCGGCUCCAAACUCUCGGUGGACUACGCCAGGCUCAUCCAAAGCUAUGAGCACAAGGAGCAGCGGCUGGGGAGCUUGAGUGUGGAGCUGGCCCAGGUCCACCAGACCCUCAGCCAGCUCAGCACCACCAAAGAUCUCCUGCUGGGCCGUCUCGACCACACGGCUCCCGAAAGCGCAGCUCGGUCGAGCGCGGUCGACGCCGCCAGCCAAGACUUGACUUCCCUUCAAGCUCGGCUGGCCGAGCGAGAAAACCUGAUCCGGACCCUCCAGGAGAACAACCACCGACUCUCCUGCUCCGCCUCAACUUCCGAGAGCGACCAGAAGAACCACGCCGCCGAGCUCCAGCAGGUCCGAGCCAGCCUGGAGGCGCUGCAGAGGUCGGUCCGUGACAAGGAUCUGCUCAUCAAGACCAAAGGGGAUCAGCUGACCCGGCUGGGCGAGACGCUGCGCAACCGCGAGAGCGACAACGAGGUGCUGAAGCAGGCCGUCACCAACCUGAAGGAGCGUGCCCUCAUCCUGGAGUUGGACGGCAAAACGCUGAAAGAGGAGAACGAGCGGGUGGCGGCCCGCUCGCGGGAGAAGGAGUCCGAGUUCCGGGCUCUGCAGGAGACCAACAUGCAGGUGUCCAUGCUCCUGCGCGAGCGUGAGUUUGAGCUCAACGCCAUGAGGGACAAAGCCACCACCGUGGAGAAGAUGCUUAAAGACAAAGAACAGGGUAAAUCGAGUGAGCUCAAUCAACUCCUGAACGAAAUCAAGUCCAUGCAGGACAAAGCGGUGGCUUUCCAACAUGAGCGGGACCAGGUGAUGAUGGCGCUCAAGCAGAAGCAAAUGGAGACCACGGCCUUACAAACCGAGCUUCAGCACGUGCGGGACAAAGAGCAGCGUCUCAACCUGGAGCUGGAGAGGUUGCGCAACCACCUGCUGGAGAUCGAGGACUCGUACACGCGGGAGGCUCUUGCCGCCGAGGACCGCGAGACGGAGCUGCGGCGGCGCGUGGCCCUCCUGGACGAGCGGCUGGCCACGUCCUCCAGCGCCGUGGAGAGCGCCAGCCAGCAGGCCAGCAUGCAGGUGGAGUCUCUGCAGGAGCAGCUUAGCGGUGUGCUGAAGCAGCGGGACGACGCCCUCCUGCAGCUCGGGACCUCCCAGGAGCAGGUCAAACAGUAUGCAGUUUCACUCUCCAACCUGCAGAUGGUGCUAGAGCAGUUCCAACAAGAGGAGAAAGCUAUGUACUCGACCGAGCUGGACAAGCUCAGGAAGGAGAAGGAGGAGUGGCGGAAGAAGGCGGACAAGCUGGAAGAUCAAGCGUCUGCCCUUCAGAUGAACCUGGACGAGGCCAACGCAGCUCUGGAUUCGGCGUCCCGCCUCACCGACCAGCUGGACUACAAAGAGGAGCAGAUUGAGGAGCUGAAGCAGCAAGUGGACGUGAGACAAGAAAUGUUGGAGGAGGCCCAGAAGAAACUGAUGAACCUGUUGAACAGCACCGAGGGCAAGAUUGACAAGGCCUUGAUGCGUAACCUGCUUCAAGGUUACUUCCACACGCCCAAGAAAAAGCGAAUGGACGUGCUGAGGCUCAUGGGUAGCGUGCUGGGACUCAGCCCAGAGGACGUGGACAAGAUGCUGGACGAGGACACGGCACGUGGCAUGAGCGGCUGGGUGUCGAGCUGGCUCGGUGGCCGAGGCCCCCAGAGUGUCCCCAACACUCCCCAGAGGCCCACAAGUGGGCAGAGCUUCAACACGUCCUUCUCAGAGAUGUUUGUCAAGUUCCUGGAGAUUGAGUCGACGCCGUCUCUCCCUCCGCCCAAACUUCCCAUCAUGGAUAUCAAGCCUCUGAGGGCUCCGCCCUCCAGAAAAACGCAGACGAGUGGCGCGGCGCCCAGCAAGACCAGCAAUCCCUUCCUGGCUCCACGCUCGGCCGCCGUGCCCUUGCUGGGCACCGGCGCUGCCCACUCCGGCGGGCCGGGCGGGCAUCUGCUGAUGAAGUCCAUCUCGGACACGUUGCCCACCUUCACGCCCGUGCCCGUGUCGGCCGAGGCGAGCGGCGGCGCUGUGCUCAAGGACUUGUUGAAGCAGUGAAGAAGAUGACGUUUGUUCUAUGCAGAAUGAAUCAAAGUGCUUCCUUAUAAAAAUCAGAGACACGAGAGAGAAUUUAGGACUCUUGAAAAGACUUUCGGGGCUGAAUUUAAAAAAAAAAAAAAAAAAGACUGCACAACAGUUGUUAAAACCAAAAUAGCAAUUUUUUUUCUCAAGGCUUUUUCGGAUGCUAGAAAUUCCUCCCCAAAUAAUACUGCUGAGGGAUUAACGACUGCCUGUCGAAUUAAAUUUGGAAAACUGGUUUAUUCGAAUGAACCAGAUUCACAAUCCACCGUGAACGUUUGAAAGGGAAGGAAAGCACCUUUAGGUUUCUUGAAAGGCAUUGUUUCUCAACCCAAGUGACCUUGUGAACAUCUCCACCUCCCCCCCAUUUUUUUUUUUUUUUUAAUGACAGUGAUGUCAAGCAUUAUGUGGCUGCGGUAACCCGCACAGACUACACAACACGCGUCCGACUCAUAAAGGGCGUAUGAAAACAGUGCUACUCUUACACAGUUAAACAUGUUUAUUGGGUGGGAUUGUUUUUUUUUUUAAUUUAUGGGCACUUGUUAUGAAGUGAGACAUCCAAGUGCCUGUUACUUUGUGCAAACAACUUUGCAAAUAAUCAGGAGUGUACAUGCUUGAUAGGAAUAUUUAUAUUUACAGACUCGUUUGUACAUUUAUCUUCAUGUAAAUUCGUGGCAUUUUUAUUGUAAAUUGGAGUAACGAGAAAAAUAAAUAAAUUAAAUAAAAGUUGGUCCGCCC